UUGAGUGUGUGGGGUGCACGGGGCAGUGUGUGGGGUGGGGGGGGCAAGGCUAAGGACAGGGCAGGAGGAGCGAGGCGAUAUCAGGCGCGGGCAACAGCAGCGGAGGAAAGGAUCACCACCCUGACCCCCUCCAUCACCCCGAGUGACCCCCUGGACACAAUCCCCACGAUGGCGCAGGGAGGUCAGCGACGACGUCCGCGCCUGCUUGCGGUGUCGGGGUCCUUCCGCCUGCGACGACCCUUGCGGCGACCCCUGCUGCGACCCCUGGGACCCCUGCGACAGGACCCCCGGCAUCGACGCCGGGUCACCCUGGUGCGACGAAGAUUGGUGACGCGUGGGGUCGGCACGUGGGUCAGGAGAAGGGUCAACAGUGAUGAUGAUGGUGAUGACCCCGUGAACUCAGAGCCACAGUCGGGAGGCGAGGGAACCACCGCAGAGGAGAUGGAACCGCAAUCGGGCUCCGGAACGGGGCCAGAGGAAUGGACAUCGACUGAUGCCGAAAAAUUCGGCAUUAGCAGCGAAGAUGAAGAGGUGGACGAGGGGCAUGAAGAGGUAGAUGAGAUGGAGGAAAUGGAAGAGAAUGACGAGAUAGACAGGGCAGAUGAUCGUGAAGAAUUGGGCAAGGUGGGCGAUACGGAAGAUGUGGAGGAGGAUGAUGAUGAUGAAGAGGUGGAAGAGGAGGAAGACGAGGUGGACGAGGUGAAGGUGGAGGAGCCGGAAAGCGGCGGGUAUCGCCUCGCAGAGGGAGACCGCGUUGUCGUGGUGAUGGACCCCGGUCAGACCCUGACGUUGCAUGGCUGCUGUGAGCUGCGCUGCCUGCGGGGCCGCCUGGAGCUGCUGGGGUUCGAGCUGGCGCCAUCCCACGCGCCCACGGAGCUCCUGUCGCCACGGACGCACCGCGCGCUCUCCCUGCGCGCCCUGCCGGACCCCCACGGGGACCCCCACGGGAAAGGGGAUGGAACGGCUCGGCUGCGCCAAUCGCUCACCGCCGCCUCCUUCAGUGCCGGCGCGGUGGAGCGGUUAUUGCGGUGGCGGCGCGGUGGCGAUGGUGGCGCUGGUGGUGGUGGUGGCGGUAGCGGGGUCACCGCAGGGUCAGCGGUGUUGGUCCUGCGCCGGCUGCACUCCCCGCUCGUCCGCUUCCUCUCCGAGUUCUCUCCCACCCCGCGCCUUCUCUCCCCCAGCUCGGGGGACCCCCACAGGAGCCAGGGACCCCUACACGCGGCUGGAGUGGAGGAGGUGGGGGAGACAGAGGGGAUCGCAGUGUCCGAGAGCUACAGACACGCCAUCGACACCAUCGUCACUGCAUGCCGCAGAGAGGAGGGGGUGCACUACCCCGUGGUGCUCGUGUGCGGGAAGAGGAACUCUGGGAAAUCCACGUUCAACCGCUUCCUCCUCAACUCCCUCCUCAAUCAUAUGUCACGAGUACAGUACCUGGAGUGCGACGUGGGGCAGACGGAGUUCACUCCGCCCGGCUGCAUAUCUCUCCACGAUGUCACGCAGCCGCUCUUCGGCCCCCCGUUUGGGCACCCCCGCGAGGCGGCGAGCUGCGUGUUCUACGGCGACGUGAGCCCCGAGCGGGACCCCAGCCGCUAUGUCGCUUCGGUCCGGAGCGUCGUCCUCGCAAGCGGCACCCGACGCCUCGCGCCGCUCAUCGUCAACACCAUGGGAUGGGUGCAAGGUAAUGGGCUGGCACUGCUCGUGGACCUGUGCCGGAUGCUGCGCCCAAGCCACGUCGUGCAGAUGAGCCCCAACGGUGUCGAGGCCCAGCCCUUGACGGCUGCCACCCUGCGCGCCCUGCACGGCUGGGAGACGGUGCCCGAGGAGGACAGCCACGAUCGCGACGACGACGAGGAGGAUGAGGAGGAGCGGGAUGAGGAGGAGGAGGAGGAGGAGGAUCACGAGCUGCUGGAAGUCGUCAACAGUUUUGCUUCCAUCAAGGGAUACAGGGCCAUGCCGGUGCCCAGCAAUGUACUGCGGGAGCUGUCCCUGUUGGCCUACCUGAGCCAGCUGCAGCCGCCCGGAGCCAGGGCCCUGUGGCCCCUUCACCGGCUGCCUCCCUACGAGGUGCCGCUCUCCUCCGUGGCGCUGCACUGCGCGCCGGGCGCCGUGGCCCCCGCCCACAUCCUAUACGCCCUCAACGCCCGCGUCGUGGGGCUCUGCCGGGCCCCCCCGGGCCUCCCGCUGCGCCCCUCACCCACGGUCUCCCCGAACGCCCCCCUGAUCGUGCACGGGGACCUCCCCCCCUGCCACUGCUAUGGCCUCGGCGUAGUACGUGGGGUGGACGCUCCCCGCGGUACGCUGCUCAUCCUCACCCCGCUCGCCCCCGAGCGCCUCCGCCUCGUCAACCUCCUCGUGCUCGGAAACGUGCCGCUCCCUCCACUCCUCCUCAAGAAGCAGCACGGCGUGCGGGGCGAGUUGCCCUACGUCUCGGGCCUCUACUCCGUGCGUCUCGCCGGCUCCGGACAACUCCGCGUCACUCGCAACCACAAGAGACCGGGGCGGCAAGCGCAGUCGUGACGCCAGCACUUCACGCCAGCAGCACACCACAUCUCACAGCAUCACACCGGCAUCACGCCAGUAGCACGCCACAUCUCACAGCAUCACAACACACUGGGUCACACCGGCAAAGGAGGACUGGCCCAUUACACAGCUUAUUACUUGCUCAACAUCGCCACAACAUCACACAUCACGUGGCGUCUGUGCUCGUGUAAAGUUUUGUUAAAGUCAAUAUCAAUAAAGUUCUCUUGAUUUUGCA